UCGCUGCUACCAACCUUCCUUUAACCAUAGCGGGGCCGUCGAUAACGUUAUUUCUUAUCUAUCCAAAAGACAACCAUCCGCAACUUAUCAUUGUCUCUUGGCCAUCUCAGGAACCGCAUGGAAUCACCUUUUUCAGUUUUUUAACCCACAGACACGCAGGCGCAGACUCAUUUCGCGACUAUAUGCGUAGCGUUGUCUCAUAUUGCUGUAAUAAUUCCUCGCGACUACUCUUCUGCUACUUGGUAUGAUAUCCUGACUGAGAACAGACCGCAUGGCUCCCACUUUUUACCUGUUUUCUAUGCGGACUUGCCAAUUGAAAGGCUUUUAACGACGUAUUUCUCCGUGCUCCGGUCAGUGCUAACGCAACUGAGCGGUAGUAUUUGAAGUAUCCUGGCUUGAGACCGCCUUUUGGUUCUUUUCUCUAUUUCUUCUAGGGUCCUAGCAGAGUCUGUUGCAAAUUUGAUAAUCUGAACUGAUUCUUUAUGGUUAGACAUCCGGUCCAUCUGAGACUGUGUGCGUUCCCUGGACUCAGUGGAAACGCACGGAGCAUCCUAGAGCAAGCCACUCCUGGUGCACCUCAUUGGGUUGUGUAUGCUGAUGCUUAUACAUGGAGAAUUACUGGUCCACCAGCAGUGUCUGAAGUUAGGGCCUACGAAUGGACAACGCUUACAAGUUCCGAGACAUCAGCUAUUAAAUCAGAGUACGCCGCCGCUAGCAUCUCUCUUAUAGUGUCUGCCUUUGGUUCCACCAAUGUUCCAACUACUACGGGGGCAGAUCCGGUCGCGACUGCCAAUACCAUGGCUGCAUGGGACUUUUACGCCAUGAACUCAGGAACAACCGAGCUGCGGGUGAAUCUUCCUCUGAGUGCCUACAUCAUCUCUCAUGCUCGUCUUCUCAACGGGUACUUGAAAGUACACGUGGACAUUGGAAACUUGAUUCAUUGGUAUGACGUUCAAGUCAAGGGAGACACUGAAUACACCACCUGCAGCGGGUUACUGACUACUUCGUCCGAGACAUGGCCCCAAACCGCCUUAUUCCAAAUCGCUAACAGUGGUGUCCCUCUUGAGAAAUUAGUCAUCGGAAAGCCAACGAUGGCUAGCGAUGCAGGCAGUGGUUAUAUGACUAUCUCAAGUCUAGAAACUUGCUUACAGGACGCGAAGAAUCAAGGAUAGCCUGUUCUCUAUCCCCCAGUUCCCGUGUAGUCCGUAUGAAUUUCAAUGCG